UUUCCCCGGAGUAAUCUUGGCAUGAAAUUCUGCAGUGGGUGUGUGCGAUGAAUAGAAUUCGGGAGCAGAGAGGAAGACAAAGAGACGCCGGCUGCCUAGUCCCACUGUUCCACCAGCGGAUUGCAGCGUCCGUGUACCGACUUUAUCAGAUUCGUCGCCUAGGACACUUCUCUAAAUUUUGUAGCAAGAUGAGACAGCCAGUCCCCACCUACGGCCGCGCCCCUGGCCCCGGCCCCGCCCCUGGCCCCGGCCCCGCCCCUGGCCCCGGCUUCGCCCCUGGCCCCGGCAACGCCCCUGGCCCCGGCAACGCCCCUGGUCCAGGCUACGCCCCUGGCCCAGGCUACGCCCCUGGCCCCGGCUACGCCCCUGGCCCCGGCUACGCACCUGGCCCCGUCUACGUCCCUGUCCCCGGCUACGCCCCUUGGCCCGGCUACGCCCCUGGCCCCGGCUACGCCCCUGGCCCCGGCUACGUCCCUUGCCCCGGCUAUGCCCCGAGUAUGCGGAGGGCAUCUCAUGUCGAGGCGGGCAAACCUCCCGCCGAGUCCCCCAUGGAAAACCCAUUCGCCGACAAAUACGUACGAAUAGGUUUCAUCCGAAAGGUCUACGCAAUUCUCUCCGUGCAGAUGCUGUUCACAACGGCUAUCGUCGCUGCUUUUAUGUUUGUGCUGGAACUCAACAAGUUUGCGAAGAUGAAUAGCUGGAUUAUCCUUCCCGCGUUGUUAGCAGGCUUCGUUCUGCUGCUUGUUCUUAAAUGCGGCGGGGACCUGCAGCGCACCUUCCCGAUCAACUUCAUCCUGCUCUUUCUCUUCACGUUCUUCGAAGCGGUGUCAUUGUCCGUCGUAUGUGUGUUUCACAAGCGCGAUGAAGUUUUCAUGGCAGUAGCAGUAACAGCGACCGUGUUCAUCCUGCUGACGAUUUUUGCGAUGCAAACAGCCAUCGAUUUCACGGGAUACACUGCCGUCGCCUUUGUCCUCCUUAUACUCCUGAUCAUCUUGGGAGUCGUGGUUACGUUUUUCCGGUCGAAACUGAUUCAGAUGGUCUACGCCUGCUUCGGAGCUGCGAUAUUCUCUUUUUACAUCGUCAUCGACACGCAACUCAUCACGGGCGGCGCAAAUCGGGCCCAGUCACUAUCACCAGAGGAUUACAUCGCGGGCGCCCUGAUGCUCUACCUCGACGCCAUCAACUUGUUCCUCUACCUCCUGGAAAUAAUUCAGCAGUUGAAAGGCGACAACUGAAUUGGAAGGGGGCGCUGCGGCCUCUGUCGCCGUCUCCACCUCCGUGCGCUUUGCGGCAGGCAGGACUCGCUGCAUUGCCCAACGAGGGGGCGAAGCGUUUGUGAUGCCCAAUGAUCGUCAGCGCCUCCUACGAUAAAGAAAAUUUUAGAACUGC